CAUUAUUCCACCGCGACGAUCCCAGCCAAACUAGACAGCAUUACAAUCUCGCUAUCUCGAACAGACGGGUGGACACUUAGGAAAUCCGUCACACACACAAACACAAAGCGACAAGGCAUUGGAUCCUAUUAAAAUCGGCUGUGCCUUUUUUUGCCAUUGACCCUAGUUUUUGUAUACGAGAUAAUUUACAAUCAUCUACACGACUAGCCCUCACGGCUGGGAAUACAGCAAGUGGAUGGUUUCUCGAGAUACAUGUUGUUAUACCCCGCCAAUUCAAGGUCGACGAUGGAAAACGAUACACCCACCGAAGGCGCCCGACGGCGAGAUCGUCUAAUGGGAAAGCUCUUUGGCAACAACACUAGAGACAGGAAAAUGACUAACGAAGAGAGUGCAAAUGAGAUCUCGGACUUCCUUGGUACCUCAGACCGAUUGAUGGUUAAUCAUCCUCUUCCUCCACCUCCACAAACUGCCCAGAGAGGCCCACCAGCCCUCGCACUCGAUACCUCUAAGGUCAGCCGAUUUCCACAAGCGUUGAACGUCGAAAGCAGAAUCCAACCGAGCCUUUCUCAACGGGCGCGAUCCCAUAGUCCACCCCGACCGAGGAAACAUAAGGGUCUCGUGGUUCGUUUCGCUGAUAGCUAUCCUGAAAUUAUUGGGGAAGGCGGUGACGAGUGUGAGACGGUUGUCGCUGAGAUCGGCAGAAGGAAGAGAUCCAGAUCGGUACCAUUAUCUGCGCCUAUCCCGCCUACGAGAGAAGGCCAUCAAUAUGCUAGACAAGUGGGUGCUUUUCAAGAGACGCACAAAACAGACGAUGGAUUCGUCCCUGGGCCUAUACGUAGAACGCAGACGGGUUUCAAUACCAUCUCAGAUUUCCGAUUAGAAGAGCCGGGCCCGCUUCCUAAUAAUUUGUCCCCUGAGCCUCCUAAGCCGCGUGUCAUUCCUGCUGGCGAGACUGUUCGAUCCCGUUUUCUGGAUACCGAUAAUCGAAAAGAUGAAAACCGUCGCUCGUUCAUUGAGAUUCAUCAACAGGAGCAUCGACGAGCCGAAGGAAUGGCUCUUGCAGAAGCAAUUAGGUCUGCCAGCGCCAACUCGCAUCACGAGUGGGACGAGGCGCACUCGUCCCCAGAGCCAGUUCGAGAUGUAUCAACACGCCGAAAGCAGACACUGCCAACAAUGCAAGAACCGACACCCCCUCCAGAAAGAUCCAUGUCUACCCGAGAAUCAUCUACGGCGCCUUCAUUACAAGAGUCCAUAUCUUCGGUGUUACGAACUCGAUCUACUAGAUCUCCUAUGCGACCCUCUCCAGUACAACAAGCGCCAAUGAAGAGUCCUUCUGUUAUAUCACCACCCCCAGCCUAUCAAGAAUCGUCACCAAUUGCACCUCCUUCUAAUAGGUCACCUCUACCCCCUUUGCCUACUCAGGAGGCAUUACCUGAUUUUGAUAUUGUACCUUCUAUGUCUCAGCGGCCAGUAUCGCCGGAUGAGCUACGACUUAUCACGAACCAUAGCGGCGAGAGUCCGUCAUCUUUGUAUUCAAAUUCUAUACAUUCGACUUCCGAUCUCUCUCACAAGGCUACACCGAUUACCCAGAAUCCAGCUUCGCGUGGUUUUUAUCCGACUUCGCCUGAGAAGACUUCUCGAAGCCUCCAUGAUGUGGUGGUCUCGGCUGGUGAUGAUGCGUUAGAAUUAUUUAUUUCCCGUACGAAGCAUCUAUAUGAACUAUUCCGUCUCCACGCGGAACAAUACAGACCUUUAGGUACAUCCCGACCCGAGGAUAUGUGCCGAGCUGCUUUGUGGUGGUUCUUGAAGGGAAGGACAUCGCUGGAGACUAUUAUUAGGAGCCGUCCAGCAGACCCCGAUGAACCCCGACUUCUCAUGGCUAGAUAUCAAGCGUACACUGAUUUAUCAAAGGGGUAUUGGCUAAUGGAACAGGCGCUUCCCGAGAUAGCGGAGGGUAAAUACAGCCCUGUGGAUGGCGAGUUGGGUGAAGUCAGGCAGGUCUUAGUAUCCAACUUGAAGAAGUUGUCUGGGUCUAUGAAGCGAAAUGGUUUCUUACCUCCUGAGGAGCCUUUCCUUCCACAGACGAUGGACAAAUCCAUCUGGAUAGAGUACCCACCAGUGAGCCAGGAUAUCGUGGCUCUUCUAAAUGGAAUAUCGGGUUCGGUGCUCGCUGCCGGGCAAUCCACUCGAUCUAUGGGAGCGCUAGAAGCUCUUCCACUAGGCGAUACUACGAGGCAUUUUAUCUACGGUCGAGUCGUAGCUAAUGUUUACUUCACGGAGCAGGGCAUCGAUUCACGACAGGCUUGUUUCCCUUGUAUGAUUUCGGUUGUCCGAUCACAAACUGAAUCAAACCUAAACUUCGUCAUUGCUAGCCAGAACGGUUCCGUCUCAUUAAGGGUCCAGUCGGAUAAGAAUGCGGGUCCGACUUGGCAAGACGUUAGAUGGAGAGCAGACUCAUAUCGUCUAGAUCUCAAGCUGCCUCGAGGUUUUAUGCUUGUAAUUGAAUGCUCACAACAAGACUACAGGAUGUUAUGGAGUAUGUACGAUUUCAGCUCCAAAGUGCAAGCUUACUUGUACCCUCGAAAAGAUGAAACGAUCAGACAUAGUACUAUACUUCGCGCGUUCCAUUACUUCGACUCCAACCCACAAGGAAGGACGUUCCCUAAGGAACCAAUCGGACAAUGUCAAAUAGGGUUAUUUGAAAAACAACUUAAGGAAAACAGUCCGACUGGCCCAAGAACGUUCCAUCGGGGCUACCGGGUUGCUGUUGUUACCGGACCGAGGACAAGGACGCUCAGUGGUGUGACGCAUUUCUACCCACCACAACUCCCUAUUCAAUUCGCCAUGCUGCGCGGCGACCAGCGCGCGCCCAUUCUCCAAAUAGAAUUCAAUGACGGAAAGGACAAAGGACGGAUGGUUCUGACAUUUAAUGAUGAUCAGGAGCGUGAGGUGUUAUUGAAAAUGCUCACCGGAACUUAUGUCCAUAACGAUGAGGAGAUCAUGGCUGAAGUUCCAUUAGAAGGGUUGAAUAUCUCCGACGGAGUUGGUGAUACGAAAGGAGGCCUCCCGGCCAUCCAGCGAUUACCUUGGCAGCGCGCGCGUGUUAUCAACGAUAAAUAUUUAGAGACUCCGCCAACAGUAUUAGCAGAGAAACUCCGAGUUGAAAUCGAAUCGUUGGACAAAGGCGGGGUUGGCGUAGUCAGCACCAUCACAGACCGGGUCAAUGUUGGACCUGGUGAGCUAAGGCUCAGGCUCGGCACGAAGGACAUAUUAACGUUGCAUGUUUUACGACAGCCACAGGUUGACAUGACCGUUUCUAUACUAGAGACACUUGUGCCCCGUGAGUCGCAUCGCGAAUUCGCAAGCUUCCAGAACACCGUUCAGCGAGGCCAGACAGUUCGUACCUACAGAUUUCCAAGCUUCAAAGAUCUACAUGCGUUCCAGGCUGGGCUUACAGGAUAUUCUGUUCUCUUCGAUGGCAUCGCUUCGGGCUUAAAUAUUUCCCGUCGUAGGAUGGUAGUACCUAUCCACAAGAAAUGGGAAGCAGGUACCACGCGUGUUCAAGUUGUACAACAAGAGAAGACGGUUCAAUUACUGGCAUUCUUCGAAGAUUGGCACCAUGGCCAAUGUAUGGGAUUUGUGCUCAAGGGUACAGAUGUGUUCGAGUCAUUCAGUCGAAAUGGAAAAGCAGGUUUGAAACUUGUUGAAGCCAAAUUUCCGCUACCGAAAGUUCCGCGCGAGGGUGAUGCCAAAUCGGAUGAGAUGGCGUUUUUGUGUCUGGAUAUGCCCGAUUUCGCCGGCGAACACGAUGACAUAACAAUAUUUUUCGACGAUAAUUUUGAGAGAGAUAGGCUUUGUUCUGUUCUUCCCGCCCCAGUCAAAGGGUCCCGACUUAGUAGGGGGAAAUGAGAUGGGGGCGCCACGAUUGAAUGAGAACAUGAUUCAUGCAGAUGGUCUGCAUAAAAGAAGUAUUUUACCUGAUGGGCAUUGCAACAAACUAACAGGAAUGCUAUGCCAAGAUACCCCAGCGGUUAUUUGAGCAAGAGAAGGGCGUCAACUCGUUAAAAGAACCAGGCUAGUUGCUUCUCGAGGAGCAUAGGAAACAGAAAUGCCUAGCCGACGAAGAGUUUUUUACAUCUAGACAUUUUUGUUGUUUCGAGAGACGACAUGAAUCGAACCGGACCUCCUACGAAUAUUAGUUAGGUUAGGAUCGAACUUCGAUAGGAGCUGAAUUUUUACAAACAAAUGAACCAAUAGUUGUCUACUAUUCUACGUAUUAGGCGCCUACGUCGUUUUAUCUAGGUGCCUAGUCCGAGUCGGGAUUAAUUGCCCAUUCGUGGAUUUGACGUACGUCAUCUUCCCCUUGAUGAUGGUGGUCUUGACUUGGUACGGAUCCCCUUUCAGGAUUCAAUUCGUAAAUUAGCUAGGUACCUACUACUACUUCAAUGCUACCUCAGGACCCAAUGCCUAGGAUUGAUCAAUGGUCAUUUGAGCUUUCACAUCCAUGUAUGUAUUUCAUCUGCCUAUGACAAUCUGGUCAUCUUUCACUUGUCUAAUAUCAGGCGCCAGUAAUUGUAGGAC